CAGAGCUGUAAUACUUUGCGAUUAGCAAAGAAGCCAGUCAAGAUAGGGUUCUCAAACACAAUACUGUGUUUUAGUCUUUAAAAUGGAGCCCAAUAAUUCCUUGUCAAAAAUAAACAAUCCAGCAAUCCAAAAGACAGGCAUGGAAGAGGGUCUUUCUGAUCUCUUGACGAGGUCACCAGUGCUGGGACAGAGUCUGUCAACCCAAGUAAUGAGGUCUUCAAGUGAUUGUAAGAUCUUUGACGUCAAUCUCGCCAUGCGUAUUAAAGAGGAGAAAGAAGAAGUCAUGGUGGGAUUCGAUGACGCUGUUGUAACAAGCACUCAGGAAUUGGGAAAAAAGGUUAAAAUUGAACCGGUGAUAAGGGAGAACCUUAUGGCUAGGACUCGAGAUCAUACAAACCUGGCAAGUGAAACAGACACUGAGGUGUCUCAUCAGUUUCCAGGGAAAGGGGGAGCUAUUUGCUUUAAAGUUGAGGAAGGGAGCGUUGUCAAAGAAAACCAGUUUGAAGAAACUAUGGAGGCACUUGAUUUGAGCUUACCCAAAAAGAGGGACAGGAGCUUCAAGGACAGAUGUGUAUGGAUCACAGGGGAUGAUGCCGAAUAUGAAAGCUCAUUACUAAUGGAGGUAGAUGAGAUUGCAGAUAUAAGGACAGAGCCAGAGGUAGAGGAAGAUGAUGACUCUUCCUGUGAGCUUGGGGAAAUGCAGUGGGUGAAUAUACAAGUCUCUGAUCAUACCUCCCUCUCAGCUCCACUGGAUGGCGCCAUUGCUGAGGAUGUGCUCCUUAUCGAUAUUCAAGGGGUGCCAUACACACUCACACCAGAUGGGACUAAAGUUCCUCAGAUGGACACUGAGGAGCAUACAGAACUGUCAGACUCCACGUUAAUAGUUGAUAAAGACCAGCCCUGCUCCUCGUCAACAGUGACAGAAGUAGUUCUUUCCAAAAAAAAUGUGUCACACAGUUCAGUGUUCUUAGGUAACUUGUCUUCUACGAUACCGGCACAUGAAACCUCAGCUGGUAUUCAACACACAGCAGUAAAAUCCAGUCCUGUCCUAUCUAACUUAUCUCAACUGUCUGUCUUACCUGCAUUGUCUAGUUUACCUUCUCAGCCCAUUCAGGUCAUGGCAAACAGCACAUCAAAUACACCCAUUUUGCUUCUCCCCUCCUCUCAGCUACAGGCAGCUUCCUCUUCCUCAGGUGAGGCAAAUCCAAGGUUAAUGGCUCUUUCACUCCCUCUGACUCUUGCCCAAAACGCCCAGUCAACGCCCAUGUUUCUUGUUCUGUCUUCAUUGCCUGUGUCCUCUACUCAAACGUCUGUUACCCAGUUUCCUGUCCUCAAUGCUUCCUCAGGCCAGCUUUCACAAAUCUCAUCCAUGUCUUCUGUUGCACUUCCAUUAGGAUCAUCUGUGAUGGCCUCAAAUCUCCCUGUUGUCAACCUUUCAGGAUCAAAUAAGCUAGCUAGUCCUUCCUCUAUACCUGCUACUGUUUCACCUGCUGGUGCAAGUAAUGUUAGUUCAACAAGUCACACCAGACAUGUCAAUGCUGACAAGUCAGACAGCUGGACACCCAAGUCUUUCCGAGAAGCCCUGCUCAGACCAACUCCCUCACCUGAAAGCAGAAGAGUACAAAGCCCUGAGCUGCCACCUACUUCCUGCUCAUCCCCUAAAAACCCAGGGCCUUCUUCUCCUGUGGUGACCUCUGACCUUUCUGAACCCCAGAGUCCCAAAGCCAAACUGUUACCAAAACCAGAGGAAGAAUCUGUGCCCAUAUCUGAAAAUGCAUCAGAUUCUGCAUCCUCACAGGAUGAACAAGUCUCCUCGUCGUCUCCAACACCCCCCCUUUCCCCUUCUGGCAACCCCAUCUUCCCCACCAACCAACCUAACGAUCUCUCCCCGUCGUCUCCCUCCACCUGUCCCCGUCGCAUCCUCUACUGCCGAUACUGUCCGCGGGUCUUCUACUACCUGUCCGACCUGGAGCGACACUCAAUCACCCACUCCCAGAACAAGCCCCACGUGUGCUCGCUGUGCGACAAAGCCUUCAAGCGCUCCAGCCACCUGGAAAGGCACAAGCACAUCCACACAGGCCAGAGGAACUUCAUGUGCUCCAUUUGUAACAAGCGUUUCCGGGAGGCCGGAGAGCUGCUCCGGCACCAGAGGGUGCACACGGGUGAGAAGCCCUUCCAGUGCUCGCUCUGUCACAUGCGCUUUGCGGAGCGCAACACGCUGCGGCGGCACACCAAACGCAAGCACCAGGGGCACGAGCUGGAGGCAAUGGAGUCGGACGGUGGACGCGAAGGGGCCUCCCAGGCUCUGGUGCUGGUGCAGCAGGAGAGUGCGGAGUGGUACAGCUCUGCCAUGCCUGAGCAGGACUCAGACUCGGACUUGGACAAAGAUGGAGAGUGAGCGUUAAAGUGCCCACAUCUGUUGGCUUUGCAACAGAUGUGUUUUUUUUCCCCUUGGUCUGAUCAUCAUUUAUUAAAUGGACAGACCCUAAGCUAGAUAGCGGUGUGAAGAUAUGUCUUACGGCAUAAUGUGAAGCAGGAUAUCCCAAACAGUUUGACUUUUUUGCCCUUUUGGCUGCAGAGACACAAGUUUCAGUUUUCAUUUUGAUUGCUGCAAUUAAACCCACUGUAAGGCUGGAACUAUCUGUUUUCAUUUUCUUGUAUUUGUAUAUUUAUAAAAUGUACUACCUGUCCGUGUGAAUGCAAGUCAUUUGUUUUAUACACUUUAUAUUUUGUUGUGAUAUUAUGAUGCACUAUUAGAUCAUGCCUUCGUGGAUGUGAUAAAUCCUUUUCUUUCCUAUUACUUACAUGUAAGGUGCAUGUCAAAUCUGAGAAUCUGUUCUGAAAAAAAGUUUAGAUUGUAAAGAAUUAAGUUAUAUCAAGAUUAUAUUCGUAAGCUCAACUGUAUUUACUUUGUAAAUGUAGUUGUACUUUGCACCGUUUGUUCCCAGACUGGAGCAAAGAGAUGCUGUAAGCCUCACAGAUUUUUGUCUUUGUUUUCUUGAAAUCCCUCACUAAGCCUUGGCAUAAUGCAAUUUAAAUAUCCAAAUAAAUUACUGUGUUAAUAGCAAGGUAUUAGCCCUUGGGAAAUUGACAUGGGUCAAUUAGUUACCUAGCCCAGAUCAGAUAUGUUCUGUGUAAUUAUGAGAGUGAAUAUUUGCACUGUGCGAUUAUGCUUUGCUUGUUAACCCCUGUGUUUCACUCAGCCGCUCUCUUGUAAUUAUCUGGGCAAUUUAGCACAUCGCAGCUCCACUGCACAGCAACAGCCAUGCACAGAGAGAUUUGGUGGCUUGCUCCAAGAUAAUGCUGAAAUGGCUUAAUUGGGUCCACUUCAUGGUUUGUCAUCCCAUCGUUUCUGGUCCUUUAUUUUGUUAUUAAUGGCUGUCAAAAUAAUUGUGUUUUAUAUUUGGUAGUAAUUUACCCUCAAAAUAAAGAGAUUUGCUAAAAACGUA